CGCGACUCUUCGCUUAUGUGAGUGUCUGACCUUCUAGCGGGGUAUAACCAGGAUACUAAUUCAGAUUAAUACAUGCCCAACAGGUGACAAUGUUUGGUGUGAGGAAAGCGAUACAGGCGACGGCGAGGAAUCAAAUCUGCAGGCCGUUUUCUGCCUCUCAGACUUACCUGCAGGAGAGAAAAGGUCUGGUCCUGGGAGUGUUUGAGAAGGAGACAGAGGAUGGAGGUCUGCAUCUAACAGAAGCUACAGCCAGGUUUGACCAGUCUCUGUCUGGAAAGCUCUCAGAGCUCCUGAAAAUUGCAAGCCCUGGGCUCAAGAAAGGGAAAACCAGGAUAUUUUAUGGAAUCCACCAGGAUUUUCCUUGUGUGGCAGUCGUCGGGUUGGGAAAAGGCAAUGAAGGCUUUUGUGGGGCUGAGAACUGGGACGCCAGGAAAGAGAACAUCAGACAUGCUGUGUCGGCUGGCUGUCAGAUUCUUCAGGAACUGGAAGUGAACCACAUUGAAGUGGACGACUGCGGCGACGCCAAGUCGGCUGCAGAAGGUGCCGUUCUUGGAUUGUUUAGCUAUGACCAACUAAAGGCCAAGAAGAAGACCAGAGUAACCACACAGCUACAUGGAAGUGCUGCCGUGGAUGACUGGAGGAAAGGUGUGGUUUAUGCAGAAGGUCAAAACUUGGCCCGGUUACUCAUGGAAGCUCCAGCCAAUCACAUCACCCCGACCUCCUUCGCCGACACCAUUGAAGAGAAAAUUGCCCCGUAUGCUGAACGAGUCACCGUGAAGAAAAGAUCCACGGCCUGGAUAAAGGAGCAGCAAAUGGGAGCCUUUCUCAGUGUAGCCAGGGGUUCAGAGGAGCCCCCUGUCUUCCUGGAGCUUCACUACAAUGGCUGCCCUGACAGGAAGCAGCUGCCUCUCAUGCUCGUGGGCAAAGGCGUCACAUUUGACAGCGGCGGCAUUUCUCUGAAGCCGUCUCAGUCUAUGGACGCAAUGAGGGCCGACAUGGGAGGAGCUGCCACCGUCUGCGCCUCCAUCAUCACAGCAGCAGCUCUGAAUCUCCCGGUCAACAUAAUUGGUCUGGCCCCACUGUGUGAGAACAUGCCCAGUGGAAAGGCAACCAAACCAGGUGAUGUUGUCACGGCCAUGAAUGGGAAAACGAUCCAGGUGGAUAAUACGGACGCAGAGGGCAGGCUCAUCCUUGCUGAUGCUCUCUGUUAUGGACACACAUUAAACCCAAGAGCCAUCGUCAAUGUUGCUACGCUAACUGGCGCCAUGGAUGUAGCCCUGGGCUCGGCAGCAACAGGAGUGUUUACAAACUCAGACUGGCUCUGGGAGCAGCUGAACAAGGCCAGUGCUGUGACCGGUGACAGGGUUUGGAGGAUGCCUCUGUUCCAACAUUACACCAAGCAGGUUACUGACUGCCAGCUGGCCGACCUCAACAACAUUGGCAAGUACAGCCGAGCUGGGGGUGCGUGCACAGCAGCUGCUUUCCUCAGGGAGUUUGUCACAGCUCCUCACUGGGCUCAUCUGGACAUUGCUGGCGUGAUGAGCAACAAAGACGAAGUCCCCUACCUCAGGAAAGGCAUGUCUGGAAGACCAACACGUACACUGGUGGAGUUUGCUGCCAGUCUGGCCCACAGUGGCUGAAAGACGGAGAUUCAAUCUGACAAAGGGCAAAAGUUCAAGACUUUUCCUCAGUCGGUGAUCAGAGAUCUUCCACCGUGUCAAAGUUUGUACGGAGUUAAACGGAUGCAUAGAAUAACUGAUGCUGAUAACUGUUUUCUAUACAAAGUAAUGUGUAACAGUAUUUCUCUUCUUCCAUAUUUUCCUGUUUUUUUUUUUACUUUUCUUACAUGUAUUUGUUGCAGAUUAUCAAACGCUGUCAGUUUAGUCAAUGUAAACAUAUUGCUUUGCUGCCUUCAGUACUUUGAUGUCCACACAUACAUGUUGGAAAAUCCUGCUGCACACAAUUCAAACUUUGUGAUGUAA